GUGGCUUCUUCUGCUAGCAAGGCAACCUCAUCAUCCUCAUCCACGUCAUUAGUGGCUGAUGCCGCUUGCACCAACGGUCCAAACUCCCGUGCUUGCUGGAGCAGUGGUUACAGCGUCAAGACAGACUUUGACCAGAAGCAUCCCACCACAGGACAGACUGUUACUUACAACCUUGAGAUCACGAACACAACAUGUAAUCCAGACGGCAACGGAGCCAUUGAGUGCUACCUCAUCAACGGCCAGUUACCCGGGCCAGUCAUCACUGCCAAUUGGGGAGACAAAAUUGUUGUCAACGUCAAGAACUCCCUCCUGAACAAUGGCAGCAGUUUCCAUUGGCACGGUAUCAGACAACUCAACAGCGUCGGUGCUGAUGGUGUUGGUGGUCUUACCGAGUGCCCUAUCCCCCCCGGCCAGACCAGACAGUACACAUUCCUUGCUACUCAAUUCGGUACUUCAUGGUACCACAGUCAUUACUCAUCCCAGUACGGUAUGGGUGUCACUGGCACAAUUGUCAUCAACGGUCCCGCCACAUCCAACUACGAUAUUGAUCUUGGUACUUUCCCUGUCAGCGAUUGGUACUAUGGCCUUGCAAACAACGUCAACGAAAUCACUCUUGCCAACCUCCAGAACAACGCCCCGCCACCGAACGGUGACAACAUUCUCGUUAACGGCCUUGGAAAGAACAAGGCAGGCGCUGGAUCCUACGCCAAGAUGACUCUUACCAAGGGCAAGAAACAUCGCCUGCGAUUGAUCAACACCUCGGUGGACAACGCCAUUCGUGUCAAGCUUGACGGCCACAACUUUACCGUCAUCGCCGCUGAUUUUAUUCCCACCCAGCCUUUGACCGGACAAGGUUGGCUCCUGCUCGCCGUUGGCCAGAGAUACGAUGUCAUCUUCACCGCCAACCAGACUCCUGGCAACUACUUCUUCCGUGCUGAGGCCGCUACCGAUUGUUUCAGUGGUAACAACAACCACGGUCGUGCUCUAUUCACAUACUCUGGAGUUACCGCCGCCGAGCCUACCGACAGCAACGAGGCCCCUCCUACCAACGGCUGCACUGAGCUCAACACUGUUCCUUACUGGAAUCAGGCCGUUGACCAGAGCCAAUACGCCGCUCAAGUCCAGACCCUCAGCACUGGGGUUGCUCCCGGCCUCACCACAAACGGUCAGAACUUCGCCCUCUGGCACUUGGACACUACUGCUAUGAUGGUCAACUGGGACAAGCCUACCCUGCAAUACGUGUUCGAGGGCAACACCAGCUACCCCGACCCCUAUGCCGUCAUUGAGAUUCCCAACGAGGGUACCUGGACUUAUUGGCUCAUCCAGAUGGGCCAACAGAACCCUCCUCUCCCUCACCCCAUCCACUUGCACGGUCACGACUUCUUCGUCCUUGGCUCAGGCGCCGGCGUCUUCGACUCCAGCACCGCAAACCUCAACUUUGCCAACCCCCCUCGUCGCGACACUUCCAUCCUUCCCGGUCUCGGUUGGCUGCUGAUCGCCUUCCCGGCAAACAACCCUGGAGUCUGGCUCAUGCAUUGCCACAUUGCAUGGCACAUUUCCGAAGGCCUGGGUGUUCAAUUCAUCGAGGCAAAGAACUCGAUUGCUAUGCCUGACCAGACCACUUUCAACUCACAGUGUGAUGCUUGGAGAAGCUACUCUAAGAGCAUGGCUUACCCCCAAAUUGACAGUGGGCUUUAA